AUGCCGGGUACCGGCAAGGAGAGCGAGGUCCCCGACGACGUCCUGCUGCUCAUGCGCGGGCACCUCCAGCGCAUGGGCGUGGUCUCGGAGCAGACCACCCUCGCCGAUGUGGGCAAGGCGGUGGCGAGGACCGCCGAGGAGGCGCGCGGACAGGACAUCCUGAACUCGAACGGCAAGCCCCUCGCGGAACGCGACAUUGCCCGCCAAGCCCUGGACAUGAGCUCCCUGUCCCUGGGCACCGGCGACACAUCUGCCUCGCACGGCGACGGCGGCGGGGGCGCCGCGGGGCCGUCCGCGGGCCCAAGCGGCCGCCGUGGACCAGCGGAGCCGGGGCAGGACAGCGCCGCGGGGGACGACGCGCUCGAGACGGCGCGGGCGGCGGGCGAGGAGAGCGUCAGCGCGCCGGCGACCGCGCGGCAGGACCACGCCGCGGGGGACGGGGCGGGCGAGUCCGCCGCGGAGUCGCCGUUCCGGCUGAACAAGGGCGGCGUGUCGUGGUCGGCGGAGGUCAUGGACCACCGGGAGCGCGCGGAGGCCCGGGCGUCCAUGGAGGGCCACGCGGUGGCAGAGUCGCCCCAGCACCGCCUCGUGCACGUCAUCCCCUCCCAGCCUCGGAGCGGGGAGCGGGCGGAACGGGGCGCGUCGGCGAGCGGGAGCGCGGGGAGGGAUGGGAAGGGCGUGGGGCCGCAGGUGGUCCCGCGCGUGACGCGCAAGACGGCGGGGUCGGCGUUGGCGGCGGCGGCGGCGGUGGCGGGGGUGUCGCUGUCGGACAAGGAGCUGGACAGCCUGGCGGUGGCGUGGGCGGCGAAGGACUCGACGGAGGAGCGGCCGCCGCUGGGGCGGACGCGGUCGGAGCAGCCGGGCGCGCGCGGGGCGGAGCAGGGCGGGGGGGUGUCUAGGAUCCCCGAGGAAGGAGACCCCCCCUCGGACGGGCUGGUGCGCGGGGGGGCGUUCGCGUCGCAGUCGGACGAGGACUACAGCGCGGGGCGGCCGCCGACCGACCGCGGCCGGUCACUCACGCGGCGCGGCACGGGCCAGGCGGGGACGUUGUACCGCCUGCCGUCGGUGAGCAUGAGUCAGGUGCCCGGGGACGACGACUCGGAGGACACGGGGGCGCACGCGGGGGCGUCCUCCUCCGCCGGGAACCCCGCGACCACCAAGUACCUUCGCGUCAUCGCGGAGGCGGAGAGCCGCUUGCAGCGCAGCCCGGACGGCAGGCCGGGGGCCGCCGGCCCGCCGCCCGCGCCCUCCGCGCGGCAGGCGCGCAGGACGGGCUCGCCCGGCCCCGGCGACGUCACGGCGUUGGCCGCGCAGGCGGCCCCGCCGCCGCCGGCCCCGAAGCUGACGUGGUCGGUGCCCGACACGGGGGCGCGGCGCGUGACCCCCCCGCUCAGCCCCUUCUCCACGGCGCCGCCGGCGACGUCGCCCGCGCGCACGACGAUGCGUCGGCUCUCCCCGCGCGAGGACAUGCGCAUCACGAGCCCCGGCAAGCAGCGCCACGGCCCGCACACCCCCGAGCAGUGGGUGGCCUCGCUGCGCAAGUCGGACGCCGACUCCGUCCACCCAGGCGUGCGGUCCGUGGUCACGCCGGGCACGGGCGGCGCCGUCCCGCGCAGGCUCGACAUGGACGGCCCCGCGGUCCCCGCCCGGCCGCCGCGCGACGUCGUGCCGUCGUACACUGGCAUGACGCUGGACAUGGCGGAGGUGGCGGAGCGGAGCCGCGCGGAGGAGGGGCCGCUGACGGACCGCACGGGCGCGCGCGGGGCGCCGUCGGCGGACCCGCGGCGCGACGGCGGCGGCGCGCUCACGGCGCGCGGGGCGCGGCCAGCGGGGGCGUACGACGGGGAGCGCAGGUACGACGGGGAGCGCAGGUACGCGUCGGCGCCGCGGCAGCGCCCGCCGGCGCUCGCGGUGGACGAGCGGCCGGUGUGGAACAAGUCGACGUCGCUGCGGCCGGACAGCCGGAUCCCGGCGGCGACUCCCGGCCCGGGCACCCGCGUGGCUGACGGAUACGACCCCGAGGUCGGGCCGCGGACGUACGGGGGGCUCGCGUGGCGGAAGACCUGGCAGAAGUCGCUCCGGACGAUGGACGAGCGCGCCGACGACGACGACGCGGGCCCAGAGUACGACGAGCGCGUGGCGCGGGCGGAGGCGCUCGCGCGGCGGCACGAGGCGGCGGCGCGGCGGUGGGCGCGCGACCUGCACAUCCUGCAGCGGCACUACGCGCAGCUGUGGCUGCAGAACCAGGAACUCGUCCGCGGCGGCGCGAGCGGGCGCGCGGCGCUCGACGUCCGGUCGCGCAUCGAGCGCGCCACGCCGGGCCUCCUGCGCGACGCGGGGCGCGCUCUGGCCGACGUGCCCGCCACGCCCGACGCCUCGGUGCUGCCCGUGUCGCCGAACGGGGACAGCCCCGAGCGGCGCGCGUCGGACGUGACGCGGAGCAUGGCGCGCCACCCCGCGGCGGAGGAGCGCCCGCGGUCGGUCCCGGAGGUCAUCGACGAGGCCGAGCGGCGGUGCUGCAGGACCAACCUCCGGCGCGGGGUGCCGCCGCCGACGGCGUCCGAGGUCCAGGAGGAGCUCGCGCGGAUGGUGGUGUCGCUGCAGGAGCGGCUGAUGCAGGUCCGCGCGCAGGCGUCGUUCCAGCAGCGCGGUCUCCUGGGCGUGAUGGUGGACGCGGGGCUGCUCACGGAGGAGGACGUGGUGGCGAUCUGCGCGUCCCAGGAGGGGUGGCCGGACGCGGACGGGGACGCGGUGGACGCAGGGGGCGCGCCGGGGGCGCCGCCGCGCGCGGGGGGCUCGCCGGCGCGCGGGGGGAGCGUGCCGCCGACGCCUGCGGAGGUGUUGGGGUGGGCGGGGCAGAAGGAGGGCGGGAGCGACAGCGGGGCGGAGGAGGCGAGCGCGGUGCGGGCGCUGCUGGAGCAGCUGGCGGGCGCGGAGGACGCGCGGCGCGCGGCGGAGGCGCGGGCGGAGGCGGCCGAGGCGGAGGCGCGCGUGGGGCGGCUGGCGACGGAGCGCGUGGCCGUGCUGGAGUCGGCGCUGGUGCGCGCGGGCGAGGCGCUGGAGCGGCGCGGCGGCGGGCUGCGGGGCGAGGGCGUGCCGGCGCGCAAGGAGCCGGCGGCGGCGGGCGUGGGCCGCGGCGUCGGCGACAUGCCCAAGGUGGAGCCGGGACAGAGCGCGGUGGCGGCGAAGAACAUCAAGUCGUUCAAGGAGUUCUUCGAGCGGGCGCGGGGCGCCAGCGCGGGGCCGUCCGGGGGCAACUAG